AUGUGGUGUGGCACAACACCCAACUCAGUCGCUCCAGUGCCGAGUUGCUUGUAAGACGUUUCCGAAAAAUCUUUCCCUCAGAAAAUUUAAGAAGAAUUUUGUUUAAGUGCAAAAAUGAUGUCUUCAAUGAAAUAUCUUCUUGCUGUGGCUAUCAUUGCCAGUUUAUCUUGCUCAGCUUAUGCUGUUGUCUGCUACCAAUGUGAAUCUCAUUCGAAUCCAAACUGCGGUGAAAAAUUCGAAGGUUCUAAUAACAUGAAAUUCGAUUGUUCCAAAGUCGCACCACCACGCUUCUUACAACAAUACUAUCCAUCAGUCAAAAAUGCUACAGGUUGCAUGAAGAAGACUUUUGAAAGUGGUGCCGAUCGUCCGCAUAUUGUUCGUAGCUGUUACUUUGGUGAUGUCUCCCAUUCCCAAACUGGUUGCCAGAGUGAUCCAUCAUUGCCUUUCAACAGACAAUUGGCUUGUGAUGUUUGUGCCGGCGAUUUGUGUAACGGUUCCAGCACUACCGGACCUAUCGCAUUGGCUGUCAUUUUAUUCUUUGCAUUGGCACGCAUUCUUUCUUAAGUAAUUA